GGGGCUGGGUUUGGGAAGUGUCCGGCAAAAGUGGAAGCGAAAGUUCUCAAGAAAUCAGCGAAUUUUGGUCAGUUUGAUCUGAAAGGGGUUAUUUUUGGGGAGAAACAGCCCCGGCUGUGCUGGGAAGGGCAUGAGGAGUGUCUGGAGUGGGGAGAGAGGGGUCUGGAAGUAGGGAGAGCCUGAGCUGAGGAGAUCCUGGAGCUGAGGAGAUCCCGGAGCUGAGGAGAUCCCGGAGCUGAGGAGAUCCUGGCCCAGGAUGGGGUUUAACAUCAGCCGCAUAGUGGAAAUCCAGAUCUCCAACAAGACCCAGAACAUCACCCUGAAGAACGCCAGGACCCACUUCUUCAGCGGCCACAGCGUCAACGUCCCCCAGCCCUCGGUGCCCCCGGGUUCCUCCAGCAGCUGGAAGUUCACCAACAGAACCAUGUUCUGGGGCUGCAACGGGGUCCUGGCCUACGAGGCCGACUCCUUCACCUUGGCCAUCUACUUCUCCAACCCCGUCGACUACAACAGAUUUUCCUUGGAGACGGGCCUGGAGCUGUCCGUGGACAAGGUUCACAAGAGGGACCUGGAGUCCACCUACGACCGCCUGGUCAGGACCGCCCGUGACUGCUCCGACAGCUUCGCGUUCCCCUGUGUCAUCAUCAAGGAAUGGCAGAAUGAAGCCCAGCUGAGCGCCGGCCCCGUCACGGUGACGGCCACCGUGUUCAGAGGCCGGAGCGCUGUCAUGAAGGUGGUGGUGGAGGAACGGGAGGAUUCAGGCAGUGGAGCCAGGAGAGAGACCCCGUGCCGAGCAAGACACACCCAGGAGAAUCCAGAACCUGGACGGCCUUCAGGGGAAGCUUCUGGAGAGCCCAGGAACAGCAGGGAUGGCCAGAGAAACCUGAAGACACUGCCAGAAUCCCUUAAAAACCUCUAGAGCCUUGUAGACAUCUCUAGAACCCUGUAGGAAUGUCUGAAACCCCAUAGAGACCCUCAGAACCCCAUAGACACCUCUAGAACCCUGUAGGAAUGCCUGAAACCCCAUAGAUACCCUCAGAACCCCACAGACAUACCUAGAUUCCUGCAGACACUUCUAGAACCUCACAGGCACAUCUAGAACCCCAAUGGCACCUCUAGAACCCUUCACAGACCAGAGGAACCUUCAGAAGAACCUCACGGGCACCAGGAGAACCUCGGGGGAACCACCGUGACCUUCUGGACACCCCUGGACCUUCAUGGACACCCCCGGGUUGGGGCGUUUCAGCCACCACCGACUCCCACUUUGGGUCCCUCCCCGCAGACCUUCCUCGCUCCCUUUUCGCUUUGCUCAAUAAAAUUAGAAGUUCUUGUA